AUAAUGUCUGACAGCUACCGCUGAUAGAGUUAGCUUUUAGCUGCUAAAAAAAAUGACCCUGAGCUGCUGCUUCUGACGCCUCCACAUUUCCGUAUGAUAUUAACACUUAAUUAACAUCUAUUUAAAACAUGCUGCGGACGCUGUGUCGGGCCGGUGGGAGCGUUUUAAAGCAGACAGUUCCCAGACUGUGUGUGUGCCCAGCCCAGCGGCGUUGGGCUUCCCGCUUACCUCUCAACACCGUGGUCCUGUUUGUGCCACAGCAAGAGGCCUGGGUGGUGGAGAGGAUGGGACGAUUCCACCGCAUCUUAGAGCCGGGUCUGAACUUCCUUAUUCCAAUACUUGACCGAAUUCGUUACGUGCAAAGCCUUAAAGAGAUCGUUAUCGACAUCCCUGAGCAGUCGUCCGUAUCCCUCGAUAAUGUGACGCUGGAGAUUGACGGAGUCCUGUUUUUGAGAAUCUUGGAUCCUUUUAAGGCUAGUUACGGUGUAGAAGACCCAGAGUAUGCAGUGACUCAACUGGCACAAACCACAAUGCGCUCAGAACUGGGCAAACUCACACUGGAUAAAGUGUUCAGGGAAAGGGAGUCUCUUAAUUUCAACAUCGUCGAGCACAUCAACCAGGCGUCAGACGAGUGGGGAAUCCGCUGCCUGCGCUACGAAAUCAAAGACAUACAAGUUCCACCUCGCGUUAAAGAGUCAAUGCAGAUGCAGGUGGAGGCGGAGCGCAGGAAGAGGGCGACGGUGCUGGAGUCGGAGGGGACGCGCGAGGCGGCGAUCAACGUCGCGGAGGGCCGCAAGCGCUCGCAGAUCCUCGCCUCGGAGGGAGAAAAGGCCGAGCAGAUCAACAGAGCGGCCGGUGAGGCCCAAGCUGUGUUGGCCAAAGCAGAAGCCAAAUCUGAGGCCAUCCGUCUGCUGUCGGGGGCUUUGGCGGAACAGAACGGAGGCGCGGCCGCCUCGCUGAGCGUCGCCGAGCAGUACGUGUCGGCCUUCUCCAAACUGGCCAAGGAGUCCAACACGGUCCUCCUGCCGUCCAGCACCGGGGACGUCAGCAGGAUGGUCUCGCAGGCCAUGACCAUUUACAGCACUCUAUCCCAGCCGAGGCUAAAAGCCGACCAGACAGAGGAGCCGAUUGAGGAGCCUUCAGUGCAUUCAGCUCGGUAGCUGAAAAGAGAGGAAGCGCUCUUCCACAGAUACGGAGCACAAUGACUCUGCUGUUCGGGCUCCUUUACUGUCUGGCCCGCUGCUGAGGACAGGAUGUGCAGAGAGACCACUCGCUAAACUGAGAUCACGCCGAGGAAGGACGGCGGGGAAAAAGAGCAACUUGGUGUGCUUUUGUUGGCUGAUGUGAAUUCUAACCGUGACGUUGAACAGAGAACGUACACCACUAAGAAAUAAAACACCGCAAAUGUCA